GAUGUCAACAGCAACUUCUUCAUCUUCUCUUGGUAACCGUACUUUGGUGAACAACCCAAUAUGCACUUGUGGCCAACCCGCUUCACUUAGAACUUCAACUACGAUGACAAAUCCGGGACGAUCAUUCUUUGGGUGUCCAAAGUAUAAUAAACAGGGAUUACCACAUUGCAACUACUUCAAAUGGGCAGAUAUCAGUGAGGAAAUAGAAAUAGAACGUAUGAAGAUCGAAAUUCUGAGGUUAAGAAAUGAGCAAGAGCUUCGAAGAAGAGAGGAAGAGAUUUUGAAGAGGGAGUUGGAAGUCCACAAUGAUCGACUGGAUAUUCAAAAGCAACGAGCAGACAUCCGACAUGAACGCACACUUCUUCGUAUCUAUUGUGUGAUUUUAAUUUUAAUUUUAUUGUACUUCGUACGAUCAUAGUGAAUACCCACUGAUCAAGGCAGCUUGAUAUAGAUAU